GUCUCUUUGUCGACGCCGAGAGGGAGAGGCGCGUGGUGGAGUUUUCCCUUUGGGGUGUUUUUUAUGCUGGCAACCUCGUGUCUCGUCUGAGGGUGUCCCGAGCCCGGGUGGAGAGAGAGACCGUGUUUCCGCAAAGCUUUGUGAACGAUUUAUGUGUGAGUGAAUCGCGGGAUAAAUGUCAGAAUUGCAGGCUGAAAAUUCACAGCCACCACCGUGCAAACGCCCGCGCCUGGAAACUGCUGUCAACGGGAGUACGUCGGAUCCCUCGCAUCCCGUCCUUCAAUCCUCUCCUCCCCGCCUGCCUCUCGGCCCGGCCCUGCGCUGAUGACGUGUUGCUGAGUCAGAGUGGUGGAAGCGACGGUGGGUGUCAAGACAGUUAUCGCAAAGGGAGCGGGUUCAGGGGUUCAUGUUGGACGAGUCUCCAUUUUGAAGUUUGUUCAAAGCGAUGUAACAUGGCUGCAAAUGGCUCUGGGCAGGACAUUGAUGAGUCUUUAUACUCACGACAGCUGUAUGUUCUGGGUCACGAUGCCAUGCGACGCAUGGCCUCCUCCGAUGUCCUUAUAUCGGGACUAGGGGGACUUGGUGUAGAGAUUGCCAAGAAUGUAAUUUUGGGAGGUGUAAAGUCUGUAACUCUGCAUGACGUUAAAGAAGCAAGUGGCACUGACCUGAGUACCCAGUUUUUCCUAACUGCUGCUGAUAUUGGUACCAACCGAGCCACAGCUUGUCAACAGAGACUGUCUGAACUAAACACCUACGUUCCCAUCACGGUAUCCACUAGUUCCCUUACAGAUGAUGUGCUCAAGAACUACAGUGUUGUUGUUCUUACAGAUUCCACAUUGGAGGAGCAGUUGCAUGUAUCCACAUUUUGUCAUGCCAAUGACAUUGCUCUUAUCGUUGCCUCAACGAAGGGUUUGUUUGGUCAGAUUUUCUGUGAUUUUGGUGAAAACUUUGAAGUGGUAGACAAAAAUGGUGAGAAUCCAGUUACUGCAAUGGUUGCAGGCAUAACGAAAGAGGAAAAUAGCGUCGUCACUUGCUUGGAUGAAUCUCGACAUGGACUUGAAGAUGGAGAUUAUGUAACUUUUUCUGAAGUGCAAGGAAUGACAGAACUUAAUGGUUGCAAGCCUCUCAAGAUAAAAGUAUUGGGACCCUUCACCUUCAGCAUUGGUGACACCACCAAGUACUCUGAUUACAUUCGGGGAGGCAUUGUUACCCAAAUGAAGAUGCCUCAGAAAGUGAACUUCAAGCCAAUGGAAAAAUCUAUGGAAGCACCAGAAUUUGUGAUAACUGAUUUUGCUAAAUUUGACAGACCUGGGAUACUUCACAUUGCUUUCCAGACCCUGCAUGCAUAUGUAAAGAAAAAUGGGGUAGCACCUAAACCAUGGAGUGAUGAUGAUGCAAUUGCUUUCCUGAAUCAAUUCAAGGACAUCAAUGCUGCCAGCUCUGCCAAGGUAGAGGAUUUAGAUGAAGAUUUGAUCAAACAAUUUGCAAAGAUUUCUGCUGGUGGCUUUGCUCCCAUUGAUGCUGUAAUUGGUGGCAUAGUGGCGCAGGAAGUGAUGAAGGCAUGCUCCGGCAAAUUUAAUCCUAUUAAACAAUGGCUUUAUUUUGAUGCUCUCGAAUGCCUUCCUGAAGACUUAUCUGUCCUUACUGAAACAGAGUGCUCCCAAACAGGUAGUAGAUAUGAUACUCAAAUUGCCAUCUUUGGGCAGGAGUUUCAGAAGAAGUUAGGCAGCCAAAAGUACUUUGUGGUUGGUGCUGGUGCCAUUGGAUGUGAAUUGUUAAAAAACUAUGCUAUGUUGGGACUUGGUGCUGGUGAAGGAGGUCAGGUUGUAGUCACAGACAUGGAUCUUAUUGAGAAAAGUAAUCUGAACAGGCAAUUCCUCUUCCGUCCAUGGGAUGUUCAGAAACCAAAGUCAGACACUGCUGCAGCAGCAAUAAAGAAAAUGAAUCCAGGGGUUAACAUUAUUGCCCAUCAGAAUAGAGUUGGUCCAGAAACUGAAAGUGUGUAUGAUGACAGUUUCUUUGAGCCCCUAAAUGGUGUUACAAAUGCUCUGGAUAAUGUGGAAGCUAGAUUGUACAUGGACAGACGCUGUGUAUACUACCGAAAGCCUCUUUUAGAGUCUGGCACCUUGGGAACUAAAGGCAAUGUUCAAGUUGUGGUACCACAUUUAACAGAGUCGUAUGGAUCAUCACAAGACCCUCCAGAGAAAUCCAUUCCUAUUUGCACACUAAAGAACUUCCCGAAUGCCAUUGAACACACACUUCAGUGGGCACGUGACAUGUUUGAAGGAGAGUUUCGGCAAGCUGCUGAAAAUGCAGCUCAGUACCUUCAAGAUCCUAGGUUUAUGGAAAGAGCACUGAAGUUGCCUGGUUCCCAGCCCAUGGAGACCCUGGACAGUGUUAAGCGUGCGCUUGUAGAUGAUCGACCACAGUCAUUUGAGGAUUGUGUACUCUGGGCCCGCAAACACUUCGCUGAACAAUUUCAUAAUCAGAUAGUACAACUUCUUCAUAACUUCCCGAAAGAGCAAACCACUUCAAGUGGGGAACCAUUCUGGUCUGGUCCAAAGAGGUGCCCUCAUGCUCUCGAUUUUGACGUUAAUAAUGAAUUGAAUCUCGACUAUAUUGUUGCAGCUGCUAACUUGAAAGCAGAGGUCUAUGGCUUGACUCAAAUACAUGAUCGUCAAGUUAUUUCUGAUAUUGUUAGUAAAAUUAAUAUCCCAAAGUUUGUUCCUAGAUCAGGAGUUAAGAUUGCUGUCACUGAUGCAGAAGCAGAAGCUCAAAGUAAUCAAAUAGACAGUGAGCGAAUUUCAAAUCUUCAAGCAGCUAUCCCACCAGCCAACAGUUUUGGUACUCUUAAGCUCACUCCACUUGAUUUUGAAAAAGACGACGAUACUAACUUCCACAUGGAUUUCAUUGUUGCUGCAUCUAACUUGCGUGCAGAAAAUUAUGAUAUUGCCCCUGCUGAUCGUCACAAGAGCAAGCUGAUUGCAGGCAAGAUUAUUCCUGCCAUUGCCACAACUACAGCACUAAUAUCUGGUCUUGUGAGUUUGGAGCUCAUCAAAUUGGUUCAGGGGCACAAUGAACUUCGUUAUUUCAAGAAUGGUUUUGUUAAUUUAGCUCUGCCAUUCCUUGGCUUCUCCGAACCUAUCCCUGCCCCAACUAAUAAGUACUACGACAAAGAAUGGACUCUAUGGGACAGGUUUGAAGUUGAUGGUGAAAUGACUCUUGAAGAGUUUAUCAGAUACUUUGAGGAUAAGCAUCAGCUCGAGAUUACUAUGUUGAGCCAGGGUGUGUCCAUGCUCUACUCCUUCUUCAUGCCACCUGCCAAGAGGAACGAGAGAAUGGCUCUCCCGAUGUCAGAAGUGGUCAAGAAAGUAAGCAAGAAGAAAAUAGAGCCUCACGUGCGAGCUCUAGUGUUGGAACUAUGUGCAAAUGAUAAAGAUGGAGAAGAUGUUGAAGUUCCAUAUGUGAAGUACAAUUUGCCCCAAUAAUCCUGUGCUCUUGGUGUAAUAUCCAAGUUAUUUUAUUUGUGCCCAAAGAGAAUUCCAACCAAAGCUCAUGACUUAAACAGCCUUAGAAAUGUCAGCUGUUGUUGGCUUUUUAUAUGGGUUUAAUACUGGGAGUGCGUGUGUUAUCUCCCUUUAACAGGGCUAGUGUUUUCAGGUUAAAAAAUUUACUCCUAUCUUGGAUACCUCUUGACAAAAUGCACAUUACAAAGAAAAUUUGAACAAUGAAAGUCUUCAAUAAACAAUGAAGACAGUACUGAAAAUUCAUUACAAAUGAAAUUUCUAUGAAAUUUCUUUGCAAUAGAAGUUUCUGUGAUCAUAAAAAAAAUGGAGUGAUUCUGGUGUAUAUUUAACAGUUGCCACUGUAGUAAGAUUAGAAAAGUGUGAGCACUUAACUAAUUUAUGGAAAUGAAAAGGUUAAUAAAUAUCAUUGUGCUAAUGAAAGAGUCUCAAACACCUGUAAAAGUGAAAACUAAUUUUACCAAUUUUUUUUUAAACAAGUUACUUUAUAACUUUUGUUUCCCCUGGUGUUUUAAGUGUUUAUAUUUGUACAUAAUUCCUUUGGUGGCUAUAUAUAUAUAUAGAAUCCUAAUGGGUUUAUGCUGCAUAUGCCAACAGAUUGAAUUUUUAAAAGAGAUUAGAAAUUCAUAUAAACAAAAUUGAAGCAUCUUUGUUUGGAUUGAAUGAGAUAAUGCACUAAAUGAUCAAAUUUUGAAUUUAAAUAUAUUUGCUGGCAUAGAAUUAUAUAUAUAUUAUAUUCGAAUUCAACUAGGUAAUGCAUUAUCAGUCACAAAGCUGUAACAUUAGCAUUGGCUGGCCUUGUGUAAAUUUAUUACACUUAUCAGGUCAUUUAUUUUAUGUGGAGGACCAGUUUAUCAGUAUGUUGUCUUAGUAAAGUGGGUGCGAGAACAAGUGGUACGAAAAAACAAAUUCUAAUAUGUUGGCUUUUUAGAGUGAGUAUCAAAGCAAAAUUAGUUUGGUUGUGUUGAUUGAAAGACUGAAAAUUAUUUUUUAAGGCUACGAUAGUUACUUCUUAACUUGUAUGAGAAGAAGAGGUACUUGACAAAACUUUGUAAUUCGGUCUGAGGAACCAAAUUGAUUGACCAUGUCAUUAUUUUGCAAAAUUCAUAAAGCGAGUGUUGCUUAAUUUUUGUAAGUUCAUCUUCGCUUGACACCAGUGAUCACACCAGUAAACUGUGAUUCUGCAA